GAGUCUUGUUCACAAAGCUUUCAUUCCUCACAGACCAAAGUUGUUCUGUGGCACGCGGCGCUCGCUGUUCACUAAGGGACAUGGUUGUAGCCCAGAUCGUGAAAGUCAGGAACAACACCUUGAAAACGUUCCACAUCACACCCGGCGAUAUCUUCUACAAGACCAGUGUCGAUGGACAGCCACUGGCGGAGGAGUCCAUUGAGGUUCCGCCAGGCUUUGAUCAGAUCACAGAAGGUCUGACAGUGCCCUGGGAGUCGGUCUCCUCCGUCUCGGGCAGCGGCCUGGAAAUCUCAGAGUCCGAGAGCGGCUCACUCAUACGGUGUGUGCUCGGGCCACAUGAAUCUGAUGGUGAAGAUCGCGAUUGGCUACAAUUCAGAUCAGCUGACUGGGAGCCACUCGAGAAGAACCGAUGGACUCCACUAGGCCCUCGCCAUUUGUGGGGAACCAUUGGUGCUUCUACGGAUUUGGCGCUCACGUUUCGAGAUGCCAAGAGUUCACCAGAAUCUUCACCUUCUUUCAGUCUAGCAGAGGUGGUACACUUUGAAAGUGCAUUGAAGACUGCCUCACCAAACACAGUAUUUCUCAACAUUUUUGAUUUGGCCUCUGCUUUGUCCAUCCCCAACUCCAUGCUCUGCAAUACCAUGUUCAGUACCAUGGGGGCUUUCCACGCUGCCAUCGAGGUUUAUGGACAAGAGUGGGCCUUCUAUCGCACGCCCACUCCCUCGUCCUGCGGGGUUUGCAGGAGCCUCCGGCCACGCCACCAUCCAGUUCAUGUCUACAGGCAAUCCAUCAAUCUUGGAGACACCAAUCUCAAGGAAUGGGAAGUGCGAUAUUUGAUUCGUGGAAAGUUGGCUUCGAAUUGGCCAGGAGGCACCUAUGACCUGCUGCGACGUAACUGCAUCCACUUCUGCCAAGAACUGGCUCUGGCUUUGGGCGUCAAUCCAGUCCCAGCUUGGGUGCGCAACCUUCAUGAGACUGGUGCAGGUGUUUUCCAGCUGCCAUGGCCAUUGUCUAGCAUCCACUCCACGAUUUUCGGUGACAACAACCGACGUGCACUCGCCUGUGAAGCGGAGAGUGUUGAUGAUCAAAAUGAUGUUACAUCACUGAGAGCUGGAACAGAAGCAACCUUUACAUCGGCAACGAGUGCAGCACCUGUCUUUUCUCAGCGAAAUGAUGUUGUAGUGCACUGGCAAGCGUGAGGCACCCAAUUUCGACCGUAGGGAAGCAAAUACGGCGCAGACACCCUGGAACUAGAAUGGGCACUGUAAUGUUUCAUCUACAAGGACAAUUUCAGAAGCUUGAAUGUCACUAACCAGUCCUUUUCCUGACAAACUGAUUGCAGGCUGAAGAGAUGCUUCUUGACAGUGAGCACAGGAUCAGUGGAACGCACUGUGUUGAAUAGGUUUGGUCAGGUGAUUGGCUGGGUGUCACCCGUAAUCUUCUCCUGCGCAUGUCAUAGGACCUGAGCAACCCGCCAGGAAGCACUUUCUUUGUGCUGAGAAGAUUACAUGUGUUUUAGAUGUGAUGCUGAUUGUUGGCUCACACUUUGGUAAUGAUCUCGGA